AUGGCGGAGGAGAAGCCAAAAACAGCUGAAUCUAAGGAUGUCUCUGUGCCUAUACUAGCUGAAGAGCAGAAAGAAAUGGUUGAAGAAAGAGAAAUUGUUGCUCAAAAACCGAAUGACAAAGAAAAUGAGCUUGCAAAGAUUGAAUGGGAUAAAAGAUAUGCUUUAAUCAAGGCAUGGGAAGAAACUGAAAAGGCUAAAGUGGAGAACAAGACUUACAAAAAGCUCUCUGCCCUUGGAUCAUGGGAAACAAACCAGAAAGCAGUUUUAGAAUCACAAAUAAGGCAACAUGAGGAAAAAUUAGAAAGGAAGAAAGUCGAAUUUGCAGAAAAAAUGACGAACAAAAUAGCAGAGAUCCAAAAAGAAGCAGAGGAGAGAAAAACAAUGAUUGAAGCAAAGAGAGGCCAAGAUUUUCUUAAAGUAGAGGAAAAUGCAGCAAGAUACCAUUCUCUUGGAUAUCUACCAAGAAGGUCUCUUAUAUGCUUUGCCACCUGAAAUGUUAACUGCGAAAAAUUUUUGUUUUUGCCUCUCUUCAGUUUAUUUUUUCAUGUCUCAGCAAAUUAAUUCUGGUUCUGCGUCUUUUACAUAUCCAUAGAGCA